AUGCCUACCAAGAAGCACCCCAACGAUUCAACCCAUUUACCGACAAAGAUUAAGAACUUUUUCCGCAUCAACAGCUCAAGCAGCACAUCUUCUCAUCAGUCCAGCAACCACGUCAACAGCUCUGACCGGGAUACCGGUUCCUCGACCCCUGUCAAACAUGAGCCUAAAUCCACCUUUCGGCAGUCGCGAUUUCUCCCAAUGAUCGGUCGCAACCGCUCUGCUACGGUUGCCAGUGAGGGAAAUCCAUUAGACGAAGCAAUCUCCCCGACCGCGACAGCAAAUCCGUAUUUCGUCCACCAGGGCCAGCCCGCCCUGCAGCAUCGCAACGACGGCUCGAUACCCUCUUCGCCUCCAGACACCCCAGAGUUACAAGUUGAUGGUGUUUCAGCGGCGGAACAAGCUACCACAGCCAACAAAGAGGAACUCGCUCGGAAACUACGCCGUGUCGCUUCGGCUCCGAACGCCCAGGGCUUGUUUACUGCUACCGAUUCAGAUGGCCGACCCCAGACUGCAGAGCUGGGUAAGGAACCUCUGGUGCACUCGGGAGCUGCAGGCUCCCCUGUCGGUCUGGUUGAGGUGAGCUCAAACACAGACCAGGAUGGAAAUCUUACCGUUCCGCAACCUGGCUCCGGCAAGCUUCCUGCUGUCACUCAAGUUCGCACUUCUAGCGGUGGUUUCCGUCGAACAUACAGCUCCAACUCGAUCAAAGUACGAAAUGUGGAAGUCGGACCCGCUAGCUUUGACAAGAUCAAGCUCAUCGGCAAAGGCGAUGUCGGCAAAGUUUAUCUUGUUAGGGAAAAGAAGUCGACACGCUUAUAUGCCAUGAAGGUUCUCAGUAAGAAGGAGAUGAUUAAGCGGAACAAGAUCAAACGUGCAUUGGCAGAACAAGAAAUUCUCGCCACCAGUAAUCAUCCCUUCAUUGUUACCUUAUAUCACUCCUUCCAGUCAGAGGACUAUCUUUACCUUUGUAUGGAAUACUGCAGCGGCGGGGAGUUCUUCCGAGCUCUCCAAACCCGGCCCGGAAAAUGUAUUUCUGAAGACGCUGCUCGAUUUUAUGCAGCCGAGGUCACUGCCGCCCUUGAGUAUCUCCAUCUGAUGGGUUUCAUCUAUCGUGAUUUGAAGCCAGAAAAUAUUCUGCUACAUCAAUCGGGGCAUAUUAUGCUUUCGGAUUUCGAUCUCUCGAAACAGUCAGGACCAGGGGGUGCACCUACGAUGAUUCCCGCACGAAGCGGCAAUUCCAACACGUCUCUCCCUACAAUUGACACCAAGUCUUGUAUUGCCGACUUCAGAACCAACUCCUUUGUUGGCACCGAAGAGUACAUUGCGCCGGAGGUGAUCAAAGGGUGCGGUCAUACCAGUGCUGUAGAUUGGUGGACUCUGGGCAUCCUGAUCUACGAGAUGCUCUACGGAACGACACCCUUCAAGGGCAAAAACAGGAAUGCAACCUUUGGUAAUAUUCUCCGCGACGAAGUACCGUUUCCAGAACAAGGAGGUGCACAACAAAUAUCCAAGUAUGUUAUCACCGAAUUCUGCCGCGGAAAUGAGACAGUCAACUUCCGCAAUGUCAAAGAAAGCGCAAGCGUUGACAUUGGCGAAAAGAAUCCUUCCAAGAUGAAGGGAGUCCCCUUGAAUUCCGGCCUCGCCACGCCCAACGGCGAAAUAGCAGACCCCUUUGAAGAGUUCAACAGCGUCACUCUUCACCACGACGGCGAUUUUUAA